AUGGCUACACCUAGACGCGCGGCCACGACGACGGCGGCGGGGCUGUUGCUGCUGAUGCUGCUCUUGGCGCCAGGGACGACGACGGGCGCCGCCGAGGCCGUGCGGAGGAGGCUGGAGCUGGAGGAGGGAGCCGCCAAGGUAACUACUGAAGGACCUUUACCUCACUUUCCUUACCGGGUCUAUGGGUGUGGCCCACAAGCCACCACACUAGUAGCACUGUAA